CAUGUCUCAAGAGCACCACCCUGAGCAGCAGCAGCACAGCCAUGACGAUGAUGACGCCAUGGCCUCACACAACAACCACCAGCAGCAUGACCAUGACGACCACAACCACCCCGCCACCAAAACUGACGAGGGAGGAGAGCACACCAUGGCAUUGACGGAUGAGGCCAGCGGCGGGGGCGGUGAGAUGGCCGUCACAUCUGACGUCACAUCCGCCAUCGAAGCUUGGUACGUACGGACAGACAGACACAAAGGGGGAAGGGGAAGACGAGACACUCGCGUCAUCAAUAUCUGUGUCUCUGUCUGUCUGUCUGUCUGCGUGUGCUGUGAUCAAUGUGCCUCUGUGUGUGUGUGUGUGUGUGUGUGUGCAGGCGUGCUGACUUCGAUGCGGGCCUCAAGCUGUUCCAAGAGCGGUAUGUAAUCGAGGGUCACACUUGACACGCGACACAUCACCACCAUCACUCACUCGUGUCAUCAAUGCACAUUCUGUGUGAUGUGAAUCAUGUGGUAGUUUCCAAAGUCUGGUCGAGUCGGUGUCAGUGUCUGUGGAGGCCGUCGACGGCGAGACAGAGCGGGAGACAGACAGAAAGGAGGCCAUCGCACAACAGUCCAAACAAAUGAUGCAGCGAUUCAUGUAAGUGUGCUCGACACACAUAGACACACAUAGACACACAUAGACAAUGUCUGUCUGUCUGUCUCUUGUGCGUCCGGUCAGGUCGAUGAUUUCCAGCGUGCAGGCGUGUUUGGCGGCACACGAAUGAGAGAGACGAAUGACAAAACGAGUGACACACCAACAUGCAGACAGACAGACAGACAAACAGACAAUCGAACUAACGCACAUGAAAGACAACAGGGUGGACGCUGGCACACAUGAGUGAGUGACUGAGUGAGUGAGUGAAUGGGAUGAGCCAAC